AUGACCAAAAGUAGGGAUAGUACGAAUCUGGGAGAAGACGAUACAUCUGUCAUAACUAAGAAAUCAGAUAUAGGUCAGCAUUUUUUACGUGCUGCACGUGCUGGAAAUAUUCAAAAGGUUUUGAUACUCAUCAAUGAGCACAACGCAGAUGUACAUGCCUGUAAUGCAAAUGGGUUGAAUGCGCUUCAUUUAGCUUCAAAAGAAGGUCAUGCAGAAGUUGUACGUGAAUUAAUUGAACGUGGCGCAAAACCGAAUACUGCUACAAAAAAAGGGAAUACAGCUUUACAUAUUGCAAGUUUAGCUGGUCAAUUCGAAGUGGUUAAAUUAUUACUAGAGGCUGGAGCUGAAGUGAAUAUUCAAGCUCAGAAUGGUUUCACUCCAUUGUAUAUGGCUGCUCAAGAAAAUCAUUUGGAAGUUGUACGUCUACUAUUAGCCAAUGGUGCCAAUCCUGGUUUAACUACAGAUGAUGGUUUUACACCACUUGCUGUAGCUUUACAACAAGGUCAUGAUCGUGUAGUUGCUUUAUUAUUAGAAAGUGAUUCUCGUGGUAAAAUCUGUUUACCAGCUUUACAUAUUGCAUCUAAAAAGGAUGAUAUUAAAGCUGCCAAUUUGUUAUUAAAUAGUGAUGUCAAUGUAGAUCAUCAAUCAGCUAGUGGAUUCACUCCACUUCACAUCGCUGCACAUUAUGGUAAUGUGAAUAUGACUGAAUUAUUGAUAUCACGUGGUGCUAAUAUUAAUUUUCAAGCUAAAAACAAUAUAACUCCAUUGCAUGUAGCAUCUAAAUGGGGUAAUCAAGGUGUAGCUGAACGUUUAAUUACAGCUGGUGCGGAACUUGACUGUCGUACACGUGAUGGAUUGACACCAUUACACUGUGCUGCUAGAUCUGGACAUGAUACAGUUGUUCAAUUAUUAUUAAGUGCUGGAGCACAUAUCUCUGCUAAAACAAGGAGUGGUUUAAAUUCAUUACAUAUGGCAGCUCAAGGUGAUCAUGUAGAUACUGCACGUUUACUUUUACAACAUGGAGCACAAUCUGACGAUCCAACAAUUGACUAUUUAACCGCAUUACAUGUUGCUGCACAUUGUGGUAAUGUACGUGUAGCAAAAUUAUUACUUGAGCGUGGAUGUGAUGUCAAUGCAAGAGCAUUGAAUGGAUUUACACCUUUACAUAUUGCAUGUCAAAAAAAUCGAAUUAAAAUUGUUGAACUGUUAUUGAAAUAUAACUGUUUGAUUCAAGCUACAACAGAGUCUGGUUUAACACCAUUACACGUUGCAUGUUUCAUGGGGCAUCUAAAUAUUGUCGUUUUAUUAUUACAACAUGGUGCUAAUGCAAAUGCACCAACUGUACGUUGUGAAACUAGUUUGCACUUGGCAACACGUGCUGGACAAACUGAUGUAGCUCGUCUACUCUUACGUAAUGGUGCUCAAGUGGAUGUGAAAGCUAGAGGCAAUCAGACACCACUUCAUAUAGCAUCACGUAUUGGUAAUUUAGAAUUAGUCACUUUACUAUUGGAAUAUGCUGCUAAUGUACAGUGUUCAACCAAAGAUACUUAUACAGCAUUACAUUUAGCUGCAAAAGGUAAUCAUAAAGAGAUAUGUGAAUUAUUAUUAAAAAAUGGAGCAGAAUUAGAAAUAACAACAAAGUCUGGUUUCACUCCAUUACACUUAGCUGUGAAACAUUCGCAUUUAGAAACAGCUAAAUUUUUACUUUUAUCCGGUGCUGAUAUGAAUGCAGUUGGACGUAAUGGUUUAACACCAUUACAUUUGGCUACACAUUACGGAUGUUUACCUAUGGUUGAAUUAUUACUUGAACAUAAAGCAUCUCCAGUUUCACAAGCUAAAAAUGGUUUUAUUCCAUUGCAUAUUGCCGCAGAAAAACAUUUAGUGGAUAUUGGCAAAUUAUUAAUUGAAGCUACUGUUGACAGUAAUAAUAAGAAUAAGAAAAAUACUAAUGAUAAUGGCGGUUGUGGUGUCGAUGGUGGUUGUUGUAGUAUACAAUCACGUAAUGGUUUCACUCCGUUACAUUUAGCUUGUCAAGAUGGAAAUGAGAAAAUGACUAAAUUACUAAUUGAUUCUGGAUCUAAAGUAAAUGCUUUAGCGAAAAAUGGCCUUACAGCAAUGCAUUUAGCAGCACAAGAGGAUAGUGUUAAAGCUGCGGAAUUAUUAUUUAACGCUGGCUCUGAGUUAGAUUUGAAAACAAAAGCAGGAUAUACUCCUUUACAUACAGCUUGCCAUUUUGGUCAAGUGAAUAUGGUUCGAUUUUUACUUGGCAGAGGUGCUGAUGUAAAUGCUAUAACAUGUAUGGGAUCAAAUGCUUUACAUUUAGCUGCACAACAAGGUCAUUCGACAGUUAUUUACAUUUUAUUAGAAAGUGGCGCUAAUCCAAAUAUGCGUAACAAGUAUGGUUGGACACCAGCUCAUGUUGCUCGUCAUCAACAUUAUUUAAAUAUAUUUGAAGCAUUACGUCAGGUAACUACAUGUGUAGAAUCAUGGGAGCAUGAAAAUACUGAUGAAUUGCCAAUGAAUGCAGAAUUGGCAUCAUCUAUAUCAUCUGGUCCAGAGUAUCAUAAUUCAUCUUUGAGUAGACAACAGCAUAUCUCUGCUAAUCGACUUGGCCUUGAACAUCCAGACAUGAUGAGAGAUAAUCCAAUUACAGAUACUGAAGAAGAAUGUAUUGAACCGGAUUUCACAAUUAUGCCAUCAUCACCAUUAUUUUCACGUGCACAAAGUAGACAGAGUCUUAGUCAACAAAUACACAUACAACCACAACAACAACAAUAUGUUCAACAUCAUCCACAAUCUCAUCACAAAUCAGAUAACAAACAUUCUGAUGAACAACAACAUUAUGGUCAUCGUAGUGGUGGUGUGAAUCACGUUAAAAUAGCUCCAGAUAAAUUAUCAAAUGUAUCAGGUGAAGAUAGUAUACAUGAAGGCACAACAGCCGAAAAUGCUCACGCACUGAAUUGGCGUGAUGGACAUUUAAAUUAUGGUACCAGGGAAGUUGGAUUGUCUGAAACUCGAAUAAGUCGAGAUUAUGCUGAACUCGGUAUGGCAGGUGCUCCAAGUUUAACAGGGUUUUCCGGACUAGUCGAAUGGGAUUUCACCCCAGACAAUGUACCGAUUCCUCGAAGACCUAUAGCUUCAGGCUUUCUUGUAUCAUUUUUGGUGGAUGCACGUGGUGGAUCGAUGCGUGGUAGUCGUCAUCCAGGUCUACGAAUUUUAGUCCCACCAAGUGCAGCAAGUGCACCAACACGUAUUACCUGCCGUAUGUUACGACCUGAACGUACAGCUCGACCACCUCAAUUGAAUGAUUGUGAAGGCUUAGCUUGUCGUAUCAUUGAGUUAGGACCGCAUCCAUGUCGUUUCAAUUCACCAGUGGUGUUAGAAAUUCCACAUUUUGCUUCAUUACGUGGUCGUCAACGUGAACUCGUUGUAUUACGUAGUGAUAAUGCUGAAAUAUGGCGUGAACAUUCACUAGAAGCUACAGAUCAAGCAGUUCAGUCAGCUGUAGGUCAAAGUUUCGAUACGUUAGAGACGCUGGAAGAACUUCGUGCGAAACGUAUUAUUCGUAUAUUGACUAAUGAUUUUCCACAAUAUAUGGCAGUUGUUAGUAGAAUACGCCAAGAAUCAUCUUUAGUUGGUUCAGAUGGUGGUGUUCUUAGUUCGACAGUUGUUCCACAAGUUCAAGCUGUAUUCCCAGAAGGUGCACUACAGAAAAGAAUUCGUGUCGGUUUACAAGCUCAGCCAAUCGCUCCAGAGUUAGUUACACGAUUAUUUGGUAAUCGUGUUACAGUCUCGCCAAUUGUCACAUUAGAACCACGUCGUCGUAAAUUUCAUAAACCAAUCACCUUAACUAUACCAUUACCGAAAGCUGUUGUUCGUGGUAUGCUGAAUCCAUCGGUGAAUGAUUUAAAAUCACAAAAUGUACCGAGUUUACGAUUGUUGUGCAGUAUUACCGGUGGUACAGCGCCAGCACAAUGGGAAGAUAUUACUGGAUCUACACCAUUGUCUAAAGUGAAAGAUUGUAUCUCCUUCACGACAACAGUUUCAGCGAGAUUUUGGCUAAUGGAUUGUUCAGCUGUACAUGAAGCUGCAGAAUUUGCAAGUAUGCUGUAUGCCGAAGCCACAUUAGUUCCAUAUAUGGGUAAAUUUGUUGUAUUUACCAAACGUUUGGAUAUGGAUGAAGCAUUAGUUCGAUGUUUCUGUGUCACAGAUGAUAAAGUAGACAAGACAUUGGAGUGUCAAGAAGGUUUUGAAUUGUGUGCUGCUUCACCAGAAGUUGAAAUAAUUGAAAGUCGACCAGUUUGGCUGGAAACAGCUGGUAAUUUAUUACCUGUAGCAAAAUUAAGUGAACAAUUACGUUUACAUUUCAAUGCAUUCCAUGAGAAUAGACUUGCAUUUCCAGUACGUGUAAAAGAUCUUCAACAAGAAGCUAUUAGUAAAUUAGCAUUUAUGCGUGAACCACGACAACCAAUUCGAGAUGGAGAUGGUGAUUCACAAUAUAUCUAUCAUGAAAUAACUCCUGUUCAAAAACCAUUAUGUACAUUAGAAAUUCGACUUAGUUCAGAUAAUGGUGUUAAUGGUCAACAUGGUCUUGAUCUUUCAUUGAUUGGUUUAGAAAAUCAUCCAGAAUUUUUAGAUCAAUUAAAUGAAACUAGUGCAGCUGAAUUAACAAUGGGUUCAUUAAGUUGUGUAUUCCCAUAUCCUAAACGUGUUAUUAAUGAUGAACAAAUUCUUAAUGGACAAAAUAAUGAAAUUAAUAAACCUAUUGGUGGUAAUUUGGCAUCAACUUAUACAUCAGAUGUAAUUGCUCGUAGUCAAAUUGAUUUACUGCAAGUUGCUAGUGAAAUUGGCUCAGAUUGGCCUAAACUAAUCGAAUUCCUCUUACCUCAAUCUCAUUUAAAUAGUUCAUGUACUGUGAAUCAAUUAGUUAAUUGGAUUAAUGAAAAUGAGCCAAAAUGGCAAAUUAAAAGAAAUCAGUUAGCUAUGGAAAUGGGUAAAAUAACAGGAGAAAAUGACGGAGGUGAUGUAGUUGGCAGUUUUGGUGGUCCAAUUAGUGUAAAUGAAUUACGUACAAUACAAGAUCAAGCAUUAGCGGUACUAUUGGCAUGGCGUGAAGAAAAUGGAGAUUCAGCCACAGGUAAUGAAUUAGAUUAUGCACUUCGUCAAAUUGGCCGUGAAGAUGUCAUUAAAUCAUGUAUGCGUGAUAUUCGUUAUGUACUUGAUGCUGAUGAACAUGCAAAGGCUACGCGUCAAAUAGAUGAAGGUAAACGUUCAGAUCCUGUGAAUCCUAAUUUGUCAGAUCCUUUCUCAACUUCUCUAGCAGCAACAUCAACUUUAAUGUCUGGCAUGAAUGACAUAACAGCUAAUGAUGCUGGUGAUCAGUCUAUGAUUGGCUUUGAUAGAAUAGAUGUAUUAAAACAUCCAGAUGUAAGGAUUACUCCGAUGCCAGAUGAAUCAGAGCUGAUUCCUCAAACUCAUCUUGGCCUAGAUAGUCAAAGUCCAAGAAAAUCCGAUGUCAUUAUUCAUGGUAGUGGUGAUGAAGAAGAAGAGGGACGACCUUCUCCUGUUUCACAACAAGGUCAGACUGAAGUAGAAGAAGACAAUGAAGAGUUUUGGCAACAACAACAACAUCAAGCAGGAAUUGAACCAGCUUGUUCAACUAGUCAACAAGGUGGUGAUCCAAUGGUUGUACAGAAACAUGAUGAAAUAAUUGUACAAGAAGAAGCAGAUAUAAUUCGCGACAGUGAAUCAAUGAGCAGUUCUGAAUUGAUUGCAUCUACUUUACAAGGUUCUCAACAAGAGAUCUAUGAUACAGAUGCAAAAAUUGCAGGCACAUUAAAGUUAGAAGGUGAAGUUGAAGAAGAUGCACUUCAGAGUCAACGACAGCUGGAAAAUAUUGCAGGUCAUCAUAGAGAAGCGGACUUAUUAUCACCUACACAAAUUCAUCAAGAAGAACAUAGUAUUACUAGUUUAUCAGAGGAUAAUAACGGUGAUGCUGGUUUAAAACAGUUAACAAGUGCCAAUAAUACCAACACUAAUGAUAUAACAACUUCAACUAGAUCACAACCUACUAGUGAACAUCGUUGGGAUCAAGAAGAUGAUCUAUCAGAUAUUGUUUUACAAAACGAAACUGAUAAAAUGAGUGAAACCGAUAUUCAGUCGUCACAUGAAGUGACGAAUAAUGAAACACCAGAUGUAGAUAUAAGACAUGCUCAUCAUGUUGGCUAUACAUCAGAUCAACCGAUAGAUAAUAAUAAUAGUAGUAUAAUGCGAAAUCUUGAAGCAUAUAAUGAACAAGAUGUUAUUGGUGAUAAUGAAUUGGAUGUUAUGGAAUCAUCAAGACAACGACAAGAUAAUUCUAAUGAACAUCAACAACAACAACCUUCAAUCGUUGCUUCAUCAAAUGCACAUCAUGGUCUUGCAUCUAUUCCACAUAAUGAAGAUGGUGGCAAUGCUGUUGAAUAG